UUCCCUUGAUGACGUAGCGGAACCGGAAGUAGAGCCGUCGAUCCGCGGGAUGAAUUAUGUGAGAAUCGGUUCCUACAGCUUCCCCGGGACGUUUUUUAAUGUUUUUAUUCACAUUUGGAUCUUUUAGGCUCUGAUUGUCCAUCCUGGUCAGUGGAGGGCAGGAUGAGUGCGGAGGCGGCCGACCGGGUGGCGGCUGUGAUCAGCAGCCGGCCCAGCACGCCGCUGCAGGUCUCCUGGUUUGAGUUCCUGCUGGAUGGAAGCCUGCUGGAGAAACACCUGCAGAGCCCAUACCCAGACCCGCCCCCGGUUCAGCUCAUCAUCCAGUUCCUGGAGCAGGCGUCCAAGCCGUCUGUGAACGAGCAGAACCAGGUGCAGCCGCCGGCGGAUAACCGGAGGAACCGGACCCUGAAGCUGCUGGCUCUGAAGGUAGCUGCACACAUGAAGUGGGAUCUGGACUCUCUGGAGAAAGGUCUGAGCAUCCCCGUUCUCAACAUGCUGCUGAACGAGCUGCUGUGCGUCAGCAAAGUGCCGGCAGGCGUCAAGCAUGUGGACCUGGACCUCUCCACCCUGCCUCCAACCACCGCCAUGGCCGUCAUCAUCUACAACCGCUGGGCCAUCAGAACCAUCGUGCUGAGCAGCUUUCCAGAGAAGCAGACCAAACCCGGACCGCAUCAGAUGAACAUGUUGAACUUGGUCCAGCAGGAGAAGGAGAUGACGGAGAACAUCCUGUGUGUGCUGAAGGAGCAGGCGGCCGACUCCAUCAGCGUCCUGGAAGGAGCGCUGCGCCUGAACAAGGGCUCCUACGUCCACACCGUGAGGACGCUGGACCUCCUGGGCUCUGACGCCGCCGCCAACGGAGAAACGGAGUCGUCCACCGCAGGGCUUCGGAUCAGCGGCGAGGAGCUGCACUGCCAGGUCCAUUACGACCUGGGAGGGAUCUUCUUCCAGCAGGGCUGCACCGAGCAGCCGGCUUAUGAAAAAGCUCGGGACCAUUUCAGGACGACCAAGGAGCUCCUGAAGAAGCUGGACGAGUCCGUCCACGUCCACCUAGACGAGGAGCGUCUGGCCGGCUACUGGAACGCCUGCAAGGCUUUAACCGGAGCCUGCGACGCGGCCGACCCCCACAUGACCCGAUAUGAGCAGAUCAAUAGCCUGAUCCGGGCGCACGACUACCAGGCUGUGGUUGAGGAGUUCAUCAAGGACAACGCCUCCCGCUGCUUCCCCGCCCACUUCAGGCGCUCCGUCCUCAGAGAGCUGCUGUACAGAGUCCAACAAGGGGAAUCGGGCCUGGAUGAGGUCUGUCACCAGCUGUGUGUCUGCAACGCGGUCCGAGACGCUCUGGAAGGAGAAGUUCUGAGCGUCCGCUUCCAGCAGCUGCUGCUGAGGCCCAGUAAGGCCAUGGUGGACUUCCUGUUGGAGGUCUGCAGGCGUUCCCUGGACCGAGACCAACCGUCUGAUCCCGCCUCCAGAACAAACAUGGCCGCCUUCUUAAGGACUCUGUGUGAGAACCUGGAGGAUUUGUCUCUGGCGCUGUCCAUGACGUCCCAUCCGCUGUUGGUGGAGCUGCUGAGAGACGAGGACCGGAAGCUUCUGAUGGAGCAGAUGAGGAAGAGGUCGGCCACCGUCAACCUGAGCGCCAAACCCCUCCCGUCUUUCUACGACAUCCCAGCGUCCGCCAGCGUGAACAUCGGCCAGCUGGAGCAGCAGCUCAUCCUGUCUCUGGAGCCGCGCCGCAUCAGACAGAUCCUGAUCGAGCUCCACGGCAUGGCGGAGCGGCCCUUCUGGAGAGUCAACAGCAAGUGGGUGGUUCCUCCUGACUACAUCAACGUGGUCCUCGCCAUCAAAGACAGCCUGACCAAAGACCUGGUCUACAUCCUCAUGGCCAAAGGACUCCACUGCAUCUCCAUAAAGGACUUUGGCCACGCCCGCCAGCUGUUCUCAGCCUGCCUGGAGCUCGUCACCGAGUUCUCCCCAAAGCUGCGGCAGGUGAUGCUCAACGAGUUGCUGCUGCUGGACGUUCGCGCUCACGAAACCACGGCGGCCGAGGGCAGCAAGGAGCGGCCGCCGCCCGACCUGGUCAGCCGGGUCAGAGGGUACCUGGAGAUGAGGAUUCACGACGUUCCUCUGCGUCAGGUGAUCGGGGAGGAGUGCGUCGCCUUCAUGCUGAACUGGAGAGAGAACGACUACCUGACGCUGCAGGUGCCGCCGUCUCUGGUCAUGAACAACCCGUACAUCAAGCUCGGCCAGCUCCUGGCCUCCACCUGCAAAGAGCUUCCCGGUCCUAAAGAGAGCCGGCGCACAGCCAAGGAGCUGUGGGACGUGGUGGUCCAGGUCUGCAGCGUCUCCGUCCAGCACAAGAGGAGCAGCGACGGGCGCCUGGGUCUGAUCAGGCAGAGGGAGUCGUCUCUGGGCAUCAUGCCGCGGAGCAAAUUCAUCACCUUCGUUAAGAAGCUCAGAGAGCCGCUGGUGCUGACCACUCUGAUCUCGCUGUUUGUGAGACUCCACAGCAUCGUCCGAGACGACAUCGUCAACGAAGUGACCGCCGAGCACCUCUCCAUCUGGCCGUCCUCUCUUCCAAACAUUCAGGCGGUGGACGUGGAGGCCGUGGCGGUGACGGUCAAAGAGCUGGUGACCUACGCCCUCACGCUGAACCCCAACAGCCAGUCGUGGCUCGUCACGCAGGCGGACAUCUACUUUGUGACCAAUCAGUACUCAGCUGCCCUCAGCUUCUACCUGCAGGCUGGAGCCGUUUGCUCAGACUUCUUCACUAAACCCGUCCCUCCUGACGUUUACACUGACCAGGUUCUGAAGCGGAUGAUCAAGUGCUGCUCCAUGAUGAACUGCCACACGCAGGUCGCGGUUCUGUGCCAGUUUCUCCGGGAGGUCGACUACAUGACGGCGUUCAAAGCUCUCCAGGAGCAGAACAGCCACGACGCCAUGGACUCCUUCUACGACUACAUCUGGGACGUCACCAUCCUGGAGUACCUCACCCACAUUCACCACAAACGAGGCGAGAUGGAGAAGCGACAGAUCGCUGUGAAGGCGAUCGGACAGACGGAGCUGAACAGCAGCAACCCGGAGGAAGUCCUGCAGCUGGCCGCUCAGAAGAGGAAGAAGAGGUUCCUGCAGGCCAUGGCCAAGCUCUACUUCUGAACACGUCUAAUAAACGCUCCGGACUCUCUUAGUGACCGAAAAUAAAGAUGAAAACCCACGAA